UCAGUUUGUUUCUGGCAGGCAAGUGGGCAUGUUGUUACUUGCUCCGCCGAAAGCUGUCCAAUCCAAUCUGUCUGGAGUUCUCGGAAGUUAGGGAGUAAAUAACUGAACAUUGGCAUUAAAAUCAAAUCAGUCGUGUUUGCACUGGCAUCGGAGGUGGAUCGGCCAAUAAAUACGCAAUUACGAUUACAAUUACAAUUAUGGCUGUUACCUGUGAAAUCGACUUCGAUAACAAUCCCCAUGGCACCUACUUUGGGGGCCAGGUUCUGACUGGGAGGGUUACGCUGAAACUGGACAAGAUGAAGUUGGUGAAAGCCAUCACCUUGAACAUAACCGGUUACGCCGAGACGCGAUGGAUCGAAAAGGUAACCAUUAACAGGAGGCGGAGACGACGCACAUUCUACGGCCGAGAGGAUUACGUUGCAUCCAAAACUUUUUUGGUUGGAUCCAAUCUCAGCAGUCAAGUCUCCAUAGAAGCUGGCAUUCACACGUACAAUUUUGUGUGCCAAAUCCCCACCGAGUGUCCUUCGUCCUUCGAGGGAACCAAUGGAAGGGUGCGUUAUAUGACCAACGUGACCUUGGUUAGACCCUGGAAAUUUGACCAGAGCUAUACGCGUUGCUUUACGGUUCUCAAGGUUAUGGACCUCAACUUCGACAGUCCGCUGCUAAGGGUACCCGCCCACAGUGAGACCUCUAAAACAUACUGCUGUUGGCCCUGCCGCUCAGAUCCAUUGGCCCUUCAACUGACAGUUCCCCAGACAGGGUUUGUGCCCGGCCAGAGUAUUCCCCUCAGUGUGCUGAUCACCAACGACAGCCACAUUCCGGUGGAGCAGCUCCUCAUGUCCUUUGUGAUGCUGGUAACCUACCACAGCAAGCCUCCCUCGAUGCCCAAUUUCACAUGCGAGCGGUUGGUGGUCAACACCAUGAAGGGGGACUCCGUGCAGCGGAACUGCAAGAAGCUCUUCACCUACGAGAUUAGGGUCCCGGCCACCCCGCCCACCUGCUUCAACCUGUGCGGCAUCAUCCAAAUAGCCUACCAGGUGGAGGUGGAGGCCAAAGUAAAGGGCUGCCACAACAACGAGAUAGUCAGCAUUCCUGUGACCAUUGGCAGUGUUCCCCUAGCCCAACAUGUGCCGAUCCAACCUCGUGGUUUGAUAGGUCAGCCACUGGAUGUAAAUGGGUUGGCUGGUGCCAAUGUACCCACCGCUCCUACUCCAAAUGCUUCCAGCCCCUGGGCUGUGGAUGACUCAAUUCCUCCCCCCAACUAUCAGGAGGCUCUUCACAUGCGCAGCACGGGUGCCGCCAUAACCGACGACUUAGACGACCCGGAGCCAGUACAGCCCAAUACUCUUGACCUGGAUGGUAGUGCCUACAAGCCACUCUAUCCGGUAUUCGACAUUCCAAGUCCCUCAGCCCCACCGCCAGCGGAUUAUACACAGAACUAUAUGGCAGAGAGAGCCUUUGUCAAUCCCGCUAUGGAUGUCGACAAGGACAAGGGAACUUGGCUAUGAAAACCGAUAAAAAUACUAGAAACUUAAGAACGAGAAGCAUGUUUUGUAAACAAAGCAAAAGCUAUAAAAAUAUCACAUCUAAACCCAUUAUA